GCAAUGCCAAACGACAUCUCAACCAGACCAAUCACUCGCACGCACUCCUAACGAGAAUUGAAGCUCUCCCUCGUGGAGGAGUGGCUGAUAUUUUUGUUCGAUUGCAUCUCCGAACGCUAACUGGCGAGAGAGAUAGAGAGGGAGAGAACAGAGGAUAGAGAGAGACAGAGAAACCAUGCAUUCUCGUUUCACAUCCCUCACCCGAUCCCUCAAAUCCAACCCCCACCACCACCCCACCCUCCUCUCUCUCUCCACCCUCCUCUCUCCUCCCCACCCCUUCUCCUCUUCCUCCUCCUCCCCAUCCACCCCCUCUCCUCCCCCCCACCAUCAUCCCCAAACCCUAGAAUCCCUCCGCCACCGCCUCGCCGUCGAGUCCCCCACCCUCACCGACUUCAUCCGCCUCCAAUCCUCCGACGACUACUCCGUCGAGGUCGGCACCAGGAAGAACCCCCUUCCCAAGCCCAAAUGGAUGAAGGAGGCGGUCCCCGGCGGAGAGAAGUACACGCAGAUCAAGAAGAAGUUGAGGGAGUUGAAGCUUCACACCGUGUGCGAAGAGGCUCGGUGCCCUAAUUUGGGCGAGUGCUGGUCUGGCGGCGAGACUGGGACCGCCACCGCCACGAUUAUGAUCCUUGGGGAUACUUGCACCAGAGGUUGCAGGUUUUGCAACGUGAAGACGUCGCGGACUCCCCCUCCUCCAGAUCCAAAUGAACCGUCAAAUGUAGCUGAGGCAAUUGUGUCGUGGGGUUUGGACUACGUGGUGAUUACUAGUGUUGACCGUGAUGAUUUACCCGAUCAAGGAAGCGGUCAUUUUACUGAGACAGUGCAGAAAUUGAAGAAGUUGAAGCCAGAAAUGCUUAUUGAAGCCUUGGUUCCUGAUUUUCGAGGAGACCCCAGCUGUGUAGAAAAAGUUGCAAAAUCAGGAUUAGAUGUUUUUGCUCAUAACAUUGAAACGGUAGAAGAGCUUCAGAAUGCAGUAAGAGAUCACCGUGCUAAUUUUAAACAAUCCAUAGAUGUUUUAAUGAUGGCCAAAGACCAUGCUCCUGCCGGCACACUUACAAAAACUUCAAUAAUGUUGGGGUGUGGGGAAACACCUGAACAAGUGGUGAAAACAAUGGAGAAGGUGAGGGCAGCAGGUGUAGAUGUGAUGACAUUUGGUCAGUAUAUGAGACCAUCAAAGCGCCACAUGCCAGUAUCUGAAUACAUAACGCCUGAGGCGUUUGAGAAGUAUCGAACUCUUGGCAUGGAAAUGGGAUUCCGGUAUGUGGCAUCUGGUCCCAUGGUCAGGUCCUCGUACAAGGCGGGUGAAUUCUACAUAAAAUCCAUGAUAGAUUCAGAUCGUGCUGCAUCCUCUUUGUAGAGUGGUGUCUCUUUCGUUGAAGUUCUACUGUAAUUGCCCAUUUCAUACAAUGUUGAAGCCCAUUUCAUAAGAUGUUCUACAUUGCUGCCGUUAUUUCCUUGGAAAGAAUUAAAAUGCUAAAGCAGGGUCAGAUAUAGAACCUGUCUGAAGCAAAUUGGCUGACUUGCGAAUGUUGGGAGAUCGAGACAAGAAGAGUAUUCCAGAGAGAUCCGCUCAUUCUCUUGAGAUCGCCUGAUUUAGUGCUUAAUCGUAAUCUAUACACUUGUAUAUCCAAGUUUAUGAAGUUGUAUGGUGCUGCGUUUCACCGGUCUCUUUAUCUGGUUUAUGACAGCAGUAACAAUAUUUUUCAUUCUAUUGUCAAGGAUGGUGCAUUGCAUGUUGUCAAUGUGUAUCUUGAGCUCUUUCUUGGUUCUUUUUUGGUUUGUUUGUAUCAUGAACUUGCACUUCUGUGGAGCAAGUAAUAAAAUUCGUUAAUGUAUAAACAAAUGUAAAUCAGAUUUCUCUUGGUCCUUUCGAUUUUGAUGCCCUGUUGA